CUCCGUUAUAAACACAGAGAGAAGCCAAGGAUUGAGCACCAACAAACUGCAGCCCUUGUCUUGCCAACCUUUCUCUUCCAUUUCCAUACCGAAGAAAGUAGCAUCAGAGCCUCAAAACCACAAGCAUGGCUUACCAUCUAAGAUCUGCAAGCGCGCCUUCCAGCCCUCGCUCAAACAAACCCCAAGUAGAGCAGCAGCUCCAGAGCCUGAGCGCAACCAUCUCUUCGCCCUUGGUGACCAUCGAUACGGCAUGCAAAGGUUUGAUGAAGCUGGAAGACAUCUACAGCUGCAUUGAAGAGAUGAUGUGCACACCCAGCAACCAAGUCAGCUUCUGCAAGACCCUGCAAAGGGUGGCAGUGGAGGCCGAGCUUGGACGGUCCCUCGUCGUGCUUGACCUCUGCAACGCCAUGCAGGAGACCUUGAUGGAGCUGAAGAUGACUGUCCAAGAGCUCUUGUUGGUUCUGAAGAGAGGAGAGGAUGUAACUUGCCAGUUCAAGGCGUACAUCCGGCUAGCCAAGAAGGCACAAAAGCAGUUCAAGAAGAUCAGCAAGAAAACUGCUUCAGACAAGAAUGAUUCUAGGAUGGUGAUGCUAAUGGCAGAAGCGAGAGAGAUCACCAUUUCACUUCUCGAAUCCAUAUCCUGCAUCUUGUCGAAGCAAAUUGAGAUGCCCAAGUGGUCUCUUGUCUCCAAAACAUUGCAGAAGAGCAAAGUUGUGUGCAAAGAGGAGCAAUUGCGGGCAUUGGAGUGCAGUAUCGAAGAUCUUGAGAGCGGAGUGGAACUUCUGUACAGGAGUUUGAUCCAGAACAGAGUUUUUCUUCUCAAUGCUCUUAGUUUGUAGAUACCCUGAGCUCUAGUUCCUGCGGUUGGCAUCCACCUUUUAAAGGAUUAGUCAACCAUCCUAACAGUUUUGCAAUAUGUAUGCAUAGAAAGUUCAA